AUGGACGACUCUCAGGAUUCCAAAAACGGUGUCGGUGUGAAAUUGACGCCGUCCAUCUUGCAAGAAUCGAGUACCUCAGUUCUCAAUACCCUUAAACCUGUCACUAGCAACGAAAGGGACAAGGACAUAUAUCCCAAUAAACGGCCCAAAUACACAACCAGCACUUCCCGAAGCUCUGUCAAUAGGUUAAUGUAUGGUUCACAGAUUAACCAUGACGUUUACAGCUUUAAGGAGCGAGAUUUGGCCGAGAAAUUCCUCUUGAAGCUGGAUUUGACUAGUAAAAUUUCCACUAUAAAGACCAAAUUGCAAGAGGAAGACCUCCAAAGUUAUCAGUUAAGUCAAGAGUGCAUUCUGUUGAAGAAACAGGUGGCUUCUGUGAGAAGUCAGAUUUCUGAGUUGGGAGAUUGCGAAGAAAUGUCAUUGAAGUCGUUAAAAAACAAAUUUGAGAUUCAGACUAGAGAGCUCAGGAUCAAGCACGAACACAAAUUAAACCAACUUAAAGAGGAUAUGAGCAAUCAGGCAAAGAAGAUUAUACAGGAUAACAAUGCUGGAUAUUUAGAAGAGAAAGAUAAACUUGUGAUGGUGAACGAAACGUUGGCCAAACUGGCCCAACAGCAAAUGCUGGAAUUCCGUAACAAGCUUAUUAAGUUGAAAGAAGACCAUUCAAAAAAUUUGAGUAACAGAACAGCACAAUUGGAAAAGAAGAUUGAAAGUGUAAAAUCCAAAAUUUUGGAGCUCGAUACUGAAUUGGAAACGAGUUUAAAUGUAGAAACUGCGGAAAGACAGCAGGCACUUAAUGGCAUUGAAAAAGAAACAAGUCGUCUAAAAGCAAUACUAGAACAAUUACAGGCAAAGUUCAAGGUCAAGGAAGCGGAAAUUGAGCUUUUGCAAAACACAUUGGUGUCAAAGAGAGAAAGUAUAGCAGCUUUGGGGAAAUCGUAUGAAGAUAAAACGCAGCAAAUUGAACAUUAUGAGCAAGAAACUGCCUUGAUAAAUGUCAGGUUAGCUACUCAUGAAAGUGAUAGACGUGCACUUCAUAAUACACUUCAAGAGCUCAAAGGAAAUAUUCGGGUCUUCUGUAGAGUAAGACCAGCAUUGACUCAAGAAAAGGUAUCAAGCUUGGAUAUCCCAGACGAUGAAAUUAAUGAUGACUCAGCACAGGAGCUUAUACUUUCCAGAGAUGGUGAGGCAAGCAAUUCCAAUUCUUAUUCCACAUACAAUAGUAACAAGAAUAGCUACAAAUUUCAAUUUGACCACAUAUUCCUGCCUACUCUGACAAAUGAGGACAUCUUUGAAGAAAUAUCCCAGCUUAUUCAAUCAUCAUUGGAUGGCUAUAACGUUUGUGUUUUUGCAUAUGGACAGACCGGCUCUGGAAAGACGUUUACGAUGUCAAAUCCUGGCAACGGAAUGAUUCCUAUGUCAUUGGAUAAAAUCUUUGAAGACAUAGAUGACCUUCAAGCGAAGGGAUGGAAGUAUGAGGUUGAAGGGCAAGUGGUAGAGAUUUACAAUGAGAAUAUUGUAGAUCUAUUGAGUCCAAGAGACUCUACAGUAAAAUACGAUAUCAAGCAUGAUGAUGACGAAGGAAAAACGUACAUUACAAAUAUUACCACUGUGUCCAUUUCAUCCAAGAACCAAGCUGAAUCUAUUCUUGACAGGGCUACAAAGAACCGUUCUACGGCCAGUACAAGGGCCAACGACAGGUCUUCCAGAUCACAUUCAAUUUUCACAAUACGGUUAAAUGGUGAAAAUCUCAAGACUGGAGCCAAGAGUCAGGGCACCUUGAACUUGGUUGAUUUGGCAGGUUCUGAAAGAUUGUCGUCAUCACAGGCUACAGGUGACAGAUUAAAGGAAACGCAGGCUAUCAACAAGUCGUUGUCAUGUUUGGGGGAUGUAAUUUAUUCGUUGAGUCAAAGACAACAACUGUCACAGCUUGUUGCCAAUCAACAUGUACCAUAUAGAAAUUCCAAACUCACUUACUUGUUGAAGCACAGCCUUGGAGGAAAUUCUAAGACGUUGAUGUUUGUCAAUAUUUCACCUCUUUUGAAGAAUUUCAACGAGACUCUAAACUCACUACGGUUUGCAACGAAAGUAAAUCGUACAAAACUUUCAAGCUCCAAGCCUAAUUCACAAUAA